UGGGAAAAACGGAACGCGUUCUCAUCUCCUUCUCACUCUUUCUCACUUUUGGGGGCUGACCCCUGGGGCUGACCACGGUCAUAAUAUGGCCUUAACAUUGUUCCUACCUGUUCCGAUCCCCUUUCAACCAGCAAGUCACUCAAAUAUGGACUUUGGACGAGCGCUAGCUGUAAGUGGUCCUCUUGCCACUCGCGACUUGCCGUCGCUGAAGCAGAAGUUGCAAGAUCUCGAACAAGAAGUGACUGCCUCCAAAAAGAAGGUCGAGGACGCACGCGAUGCUGUUGGGGUGCUACAGGCGAAAAUUGAGGUGCAGAUGGUUCAUAUUCAUCGGCUUCGCAACUUUAUGAGCAAUCGGAAGCUUUCCACCGUAUCCACAGAUCCGUUUAGUUUGGCGCUCGAAGAGGAGUGCAUCCUCCGCGAAUACCAGUAUGCGAUCACCUACGCUAGAGAGCACAUCGCUGCCUUGUUGGAGCUUCGCACUGCCGUAAAUGAACGUAGGCAGCCUGCGGCUCACACCACGAACAUGUGUCGCCCGGGAGAUGAGGAUCUUCCACCAUACCUGACUUUGACCGGCCGUGCGCUCUCCAGAGGAAGGGGCCCUGAGACCACCGACGGACAUCCAGAGCAAAUGAACGACGGCCAGCAUGGACGGGGGGAAUCGACAUUUGUGUCAUCAUCAGAAUCGGCCGAAUCUAGGCAUCUGCUGAGCAACUUAAACGCUGUCGAAGAACGAGAGAUGAGGCUCCAGAUGGAGGUUGAAAAGAAGAGAAGGUACGAGGACGAGGUUGAACUAUUCGACAUGACGGCACGGCUGAACAUUGAGAUCUGCACCUCGACGGGGAGUUCGGGAACAAGUUCUCGAAUGACUGAUUGAGCAGAGAUCAAUCUUCUCGGGACUCGCAACUGCUGUUCUGAAGAUGAAUAGAGCGGCUCAGUCCCCAUCAAAGUAGGAGUAGCAUAUAGACGCCUUUGCCUCCCCUAUUAAGUAUUUUGAUCUUGGAAGUCUGUGGAUUGGAUAUCUUAUUCGCUGUAAAUAUUCCGUAUGGGCAUACCCUACUUGGACAAAAUUGGACCUUUGUGCGAAAACAUCCUAUCUCAUCGAACUCUAUGCGAAGUCUUUAGUUGACUCUGAUACUCUGCUGUUGUGAAAAUAU